CCAUUGCAUUCAGAGUAGAAUUCUUUCUGUUGCUGAUUCCAUAUAAGCAGCAAGUUCGUUCCCGUGGAUUAGUUCCGAUAUUGUAUUAGUGAUUCGAUUUGUGAUUUUCUGUAAUUACCAAAGAAGUCAAGAUGGUGUCGGGAAGCAUGAGUUGUAUUAAAUAUUUGAUGUUUAUCAUGAACUUCGUGUUCGUGGUAUGUGGCAUCAUUUUGAUAGUUAUUGGAGCUAUUGUACAAACAAAGGAUGUGACAGAAUUCCUAGAUACGAAAUUUUUUACGGCGCCAACAAUUCUCAUUACUAUUGGAUGUAUCAUUUUUGUACUUGCAUUCUUGGGAUGUUGUGGUGCUGUACGAGAGAACUCUUGUAUGGUUACAACAUUUGGCAUUCUUCUGUUCGUCAUCUUUGUUGUUGAAAUCGCUGGUGCUGCCACUGCUUACAUGUACAGAGGACAAUUCCAAACUAUUCUGAAGGACAACAUGAACAAAACCAUUGCCCAGAACAAAUCUGAUGCCACUACUGUUUGGAAUGAAAUGCAGAUUGACUUGAAUUGCUGUGGAGUUGAUGGCCCUAAAGAUUACAUCAAUAACAAUAUGCAAAUUCCUCUCAGCUGCUGUGGAAAAUCUGCCACAGAAUGUCCGGAAGAUAAAGCACAUCCAAAUGGUUGCUACAAGGAGUUGUUGGAAAAAAUUAAGAGCAAGAUUGGUAUUGUUGGAGGUGUUGCCAUUGGAAUUGGUGUUGUAGAGUUGAUUGGUGUCAUGUUUGCUUGGUGCUUAUCAUCAGCCAUCAAAAAGGAAUAUGAAGGUGUUUAAAGAACAUGUUCGCUUCUGGUUCUAUUAAGCGCAACAGUGUUCUUAAAUUCGUCCGAUGUUUAUUAUGUGUUAUUUUGAAUUAAAUUUUUCAUUUUGCAAUCAUUUUUUAAUUCAUUCAUCCGGUGUAAUAUUUUUAUAAAUUUAAGAAAGAUUGAAGUUAUAAUUUUGCUCUGAGCAAAGCCUUAUUUUCAACAUAUUUUUUUUUUUAAAUUCUCUAAAGGUAUUGUGUAAAUUGGCUUAAAAACUUUUCAUUCUUUUGAAAUAGCGUUCUGUAUUGUGAAAUAUUUUAGACUUUGAUCUCUGUACUUGAUGUUUAAAAAUUUAAUACAGUAAAAUUUUAUAUAAGCUAUAUUCCCUUGCAUUUUAGAGAAAUUGAUAUACUUCGUUCCUCACAAAUAACAUUGAGAAAAAUGUGCCUUAGACAUCUAUAUUAUAUUAAAUGUAAUAUUCGAUGUUCAUCUGUUUUAAUUUUUUAAAAUUAAAUGAACCCAAUGCAUGGGAAUUGGCUCACUUUCAAGACUGAAAAGUUAUUUAGUAUAAUAACUCUUUAAAUUAUUUGAAUACUUGUUUUGAAAAGUAAACCUCUGCUAAUUUUUACAUUGAUACUUGGUAUGAUUUUCGGCCGUUUUGCUUGUAUAUUCGCCAAACAACCUAUACUUCUUAGUUAGAAUUUUUUAUAUAAAUAUUUGAUUUAAACUAAAAAUUGUGCCAAUAUAUAUAUAGUAGAUACCUAGGUGAAUUUUAAAUAUCUUUACUUAUUGGACAUCUGCUCUGUUGCAGAAAUUAUGCUUAUUUUUUUAUAUGUAUAUUUAAUUGAAUUUUAAAUAUUUUUCUUGUUACACAAUCUGAAAGAAGCUUUAUCCGAUUCCAAUGAAGAUACGCUGAAGUAGUUCUGGUGUAACAUUUUGCAAUCCUCUUAACUUUUUUUGCUGCAAAGAUGUGAAGAAAAUUUUUGUUUUUGAAAGCAGUGGCAUUUCCAUAGUGAUGCUGUGCAAGACUUACAUUCCACUUUAAUCAGAGUAUCAGUAUUUUUGAAUAUAGAUUGUUCUUAGUUGGGAUAUUUUAAAGGAACUUUAGGUGCAUUGUAAACAUUACUUAUACCUGCUCUCAUGCUUUGUACAUAAUGGAUUCUCUUUCAGUGUACUUAUAAGUGGUAAAGUCAUUGUGAAUAAAAAGUUUAAUGUUUGA